AUGCCAAAUCUAUUUAAUAUACGCUAUAGAGCAUUCAGCUAUUCAGCAAUUGAAUCAUUUAAAUUUAACCAAUAUAUUAAAACAAUUCUAGAUGAAAUAUUCUUUUCAGCAAAGAAUUUAUCAAAAGUUACAUUAUUAGAGGGAAUAACCAGGAUUGAAGAAUAUGCGUUCAAGAACACAUCAUUAUCUGAUAUAACAAUACCAUCUACAGUUGAAUCAAUACAUCCAACUGCUUUUGAUCUUACUGAUGUCAAAAUCAAUGUCGUAAAGAAAAAUCCUUACUUCUUCACAUCAGAACAUUGUUUGAUUGACAAAUUAAACGGAAAUCUUAUUUUAACAUUCGGAAAAUUACCAUUGAUAUUCACAAUUCCUAAUGAAGUCAAGAAGCUUGGAGAUAAUUCAAUCCGACCUUGUAAUGAUUCAGUAACAAUAGAAUCCAGUAUUCUAUACCAGAAGAGUAUUGGAGCGGCAGUUAUUAAGAUUUCAUCCUCUGUUAUUUCGAUCUCUCAGUCCGCUUUCACUGAUGUUCAUUUCCUUUAUACAGUUUGCUAUGAUGGAUUCGUAUACUCAAAUGAUAGAGAAUUUAAAAAACCAGAAUUAUUGAGAAAUGCAUUCGUUACAGAUAAUUAUAUAUACGACGAGUUCCUUAAGCUUCCAACAAUGAAACAAUGCAAUGAAGAAAUUCCAAACGAGAUGAAAAUUAGACUUAAUGUUGGCUUGACUACUACAGAGAUAGUAUUGAUUGUCGUUUGUUCUCUCCUUGCCCUCAUUUUGAUAGUUACUUUCAUUGUGAUUGCAAUUUGUUUGUGCAAACGAAAGAAAGAAGAAAGCUCGGUUUUCCAACAAAUUCUCUAA